UACGACGGCGGACGUAUUGCGAUUCCUACGCUCGACUAGAUUUGGACUGCUAGAUCCGUAUAAGAGCAACCCCAAGAGGUUUGUUCGCGACACCUAUACAUAUACCCAUACACACGUGUAUACAAGGAACGGACCACACGGGCCAUCGACGAACGCCGCAACGUCGCCACCGUCAUCAUACCUUGUUGAUCCUCUCGCGCCGACAACUCGACCUCAGUUGACAGGCGACACUAUCGAUCCGGACCGACCUCAACUGGUCCUCGCCGAUACGCAUACGAAAAGCCUCCUGGAACACCAACGACAAACUCCGCUUCGAUAUACAUACCUUCAGCAAGGCCUGCAAGAGCGGUACGAUAUAGCUACCAUGUCAGCCCAGAUCAAAUCGACCCCCGCUUCGACCUCGUCUUCGGCGACCAACUCUACCGAGGUCUCACCCGCAUUUUACCGGUUCGAGGACCCUAUCAUCAAUGGACAGCUGACCCCGUUGACCAGUGUCGAUACCACGCCUGUCAACGAGAAGGAGGAUAGUGACAAGCUUGUCCAGUUCAAGGAUGUUCACGCUGCCGGUGGGCAGAUGCAAGAGGGAAUCGAUGUCGAUGUGCCACCAACCGAGCUCGAGAUCUUGCAAGCGAGGGUCAAGGAAAGCUGUGAAGGGAGGACUCAGAAGGUCGAGGCUUGGGGUCAUCGAGGCGCUAGUGCCACAUGUCCAGAGAAUACGAUGGCAUCCUUCAGAGCGACUUGCGAGGCCGGCGCUCAGGGUAUCGAGACCGAUAUCCACAUCACAAAGGAUGACGUCUUGGUCAUGUUUCACGACCCUGAGCUCGGUGGCAAGACUACAGGAACGGGCAAGAUCCAUGAGACGCCCUGGAACGGGGUUUUGGAGCACAUUCGAACUCUGGAACAGCCGGCUCAACCUCUGCCCCGAUUCAGCGAGGUGCUGGCUUUGCUCAUGGAGCCCGCCAAUAUCCACGUCAAGCUCAACAUCGACUGCAAGGUGGAAAACUUGCCGGACAAGUUGUUCCCAAUGAUCAAGGAGGAAAUGUUCAAGUACGAGCAUUGGGAGACCUUGUUGGCGCCCCGAAUCAUCCUCGGGAUCUGGCAUCCCAAAUUCAUUCUGGCUGCUAAACGACACCUUCCCUUCAUUCCCCUCUACGCGAUCUGUAUGUCGGUCGCCACUGUCCGCUCGUUCUUCUUCCAGCACUGCGUCGGCUUUUCGAUCGCUUUCCCUGCGCUCUAUUCGGCCGAUGGGAAGAGGUUCCGUGACGAAGCCCGGGCGGCAGGCAAGAAGAUCACCGUGUUCACCGUCAACGAUCGGAGCGAGAUGCUAGAGUGUAUUCGUUGGGGCGUCAGGGCAGUGAUCACCGACGAGCCGAGCAAGAUGGUCAGCUUGCAAGAACAGAUCCAGCAAGACCCGACGACCCUGUUGACGCCGUACUUCCAGCGCGUUUUGAUGCCCUGGACGUCGCCCCGGUACUAUGCCUACAAAUACAACGCCGAGGCAGACAUAGAGAUGGAGUACCUCGAAAGGGAAGGUGGCAAGUUUUACGUCGUCCAGGACGUGAUCAAUAUCUAGCCCAAGGCCCUUCCAUACCCCACGGACACUAGAUGAGACGCAUGGAUUCAGACAGAUUAGAAAGCAAAUGAUAUGACAACGCCCUGCAGUGUAUAUAGACAAAUCGCCCGUGAC